AUGACACUCUUGUUUUUGGCAAGCUCCGGGCACCGAGGCAACCAUAUCAUAAAACUGAUACUGGGCCGUCCCAUCUUGGUUGAUAACAAGCCGUUUUCACCACCUUCCAUGCAAGGAUCUGACGGCAACAACAUCCUAAAUACAAACCAAUCUGUUGAGGAUGUUGAUUGUCAAAACUAUAAAUGUGCGUCGGUGUGCUGCUCGAAUGUCGAUGAGUUCAUCCUCACAAGCAAUCUUGUCUCUUUAGCAUCUCUCAAUCGCAAGAUAUUCCAGACGAUCUACACUUCUAACAUGAUGAUAUAUACUGCUCUUGUCCUUGCCGGCCUGGCGGCUACCGCUAUGGGCGCCACACUUGGUGACCGCCCCAUGCCCUUUGGAUGCGGUACCGGUCGACCCAGCCAAGAAUUUGUCGAUGCUUCGAAGGAAAUGCAAACUUCGGAGGCUGGUCUUACUUUCCGAGGAGAGGUUGCACGUGCUGAGAUCAUUGUCGAUACGUAUGUCCAUGUGGUUGCUAAGGACGAAACGGAGAACGGUGGUUAUCUCUCUGCCGAGACCAUUGAGAAGCAGAUAAAGGUCUUGAAUGAUAACUAUGCCCCUAGUGGCAUCUCUUUUGUUCACAAGAACAGCUCCUGGACCAUCGACACAAAUUGGACCUACGACGGUGACGAGACUGCCAUGAAAGAGAGCUUGCGCCAGGGCACUUACAAGGACCUAAACCUAUACUUUCUUAAUAAGCUCAGUGGUCCUCCAGGCGUUCUAGGCUACUGCCACUUCCCAACUGACGCUGCACCUGGCAGCGAAGACUUCAUUAUUGAUGGGUGCUCUCUACACGUGGGCACCGUUCCUGGGGGAUCUAUCCCCGAAUUUAACUUGGGCAAAACUGCCACUCACGAAGUUGGCCAUUGGUUUGGUCUACUGCACACCUUUGAUGGACGUGACUGCGCGGGGCCUGGCGACUACGUUGAUGACACUCCUGCGCAGAACUCACCGACCAGUGGAUGCCCCGUUGGCCGCGACUCUUGCCCUAACCAGCCAGGUCUAGACCCUAUUCACAACUAUAUGGACUACAGCAGCGAUGCGUGCUACGAGGAAUUCACAGCCGGUCAAACCAACCGCAUGAAGAGCUCCUGGACGAAGUACCGUGCCAACAACUAA